GAAGCAAGUAUGUUAUAAGAGACUGACGGAGUGCUCACUGCUCUGACUGUGAUAAAAAGAAAGGAAGGAGAGGUGAGGAGUGAAAUACAGGCAAAUUAUGCUGAGCCAUGGUUCGGACUGGUGAGGUGUUUGAAAUGAGGACCAAACAUUAAGCAAGGCAGAGGAACAAGAGAAAGUGAGGGUGAUGCAAAGGAGAAACGAAACUGUAAGACAGUGUUUGAGAAGAAAGGAAUAUUGCUGGGGACAUAUUUAUAAACACAUAGGGACAUAUUUACUGCAAAAUAUUUUUUUUAAUUAAAAGUAUUGACAGAUUUAAAAUUAGGAAAUGGUAAUAUUAUGAAAUAUUUUACAUUUUUUUUAUUUUACAGAGCUUAAAAUAUCUUUUAUUUAUCUAAGAAAAUAAAACAUUUUCUUUAAUUUUUAGUACUGAGUUUAUAUCGUGAAUAUAUAAUAAUUACUGUAACAGUCACUUUUAGUGUGUAAAAGAUUUUUCCUACAUAUAGUAAAUGAACCAGUAGGAAUAUCAAAUUAGAAUUCAAAAUUCAAUAUUAAAUAGCUACGAAUCAGAAUUAGUCUAAGAUAUUACAUGUAGUUUAAAGUAAUUAAAAUUUGAAAGUCAAAAAUACUAAGUGAUAUUAAAUUUAAAGUGCGAAAAAAAAAAAAAAAAAAUGAUGUAUCAAUUAAGAAAGUACUUUGGACUGGCCACUGUAAUGUGUCUGGUGUUUCACUUUUCCGACGGAGCCCGAAAAUCCCGCAGUAACCGCCCCGCCUACAUUCGGGGCUCCAAGUGCCACUACACCUUUGUCGUGAACGAAUUCGAUGAAUCGAAAUGUCCAUCGGUGCCUCAGCCUAUACAGUCGGAUGCGUACACGGGGAACCAAUACUUCCGGCCUCCGCAGGACCCGAUGAUAAAAAUAACAAGCAAGAACAUUGACAACCUCUCGGACAAGAUGAAGGACAUGGAGUCACGUCUGUUCGACGAGAUGCUCAAGAAUCGUCAGAUCAACUCGACGCUCUCCAAACACAACUACAUCCUCAAACACACGGAGGACCUCCUCAGUGCGUACAAGUCGAACUUCUCCAAGAUCUACCGGGCGAUGAUGUACAUGGAGACGAGACUGCGCAACCAACGUAAGAUCAGCCGUGGCCUCAACCACAAGCUGACCAACGUGAUCCUGGACAUCGUCGAGGUCAACAACGUCCUCAACAAGCGGCCGGCGGGACACUUGGCCGCGACGACGUCCAGAAAGAAGAGGAUCGCGGUGGAGGACGCGACGCGGAUCAGGUCCUGCCCGGGGAUCACUGAUCAUUCACAUGUCUACAACGACUGUUACGAAGUGUACCAGGAGGGCCACAGAGAGAGUGAUGUGUAUUACAUCAAACCGAAUUUCGCCGCGUGUCCCGUCCCGGUCUGGUGUGACAUGGAAACGCCCCCUGGUGGCUGGCUUGUCAUUCAGCGCAGGCAGAACGGACAGGUGAAUUUCACAAAGACCUGGGACGAAUACAAACGUGGAUUCGGCGAGAUUUCGCACGAACAUUGGCUCGGAAAUGAUAACAUAUUCCUCAUAUCCAACCAGAAAUUUUAUCAGCUGCGCAUCGACUUGUGGGAUUUCGAUGGCAAUCGAGUCUAUGGCUUAUACAAAACUUUCAAAAUCGAGGGAGAGAGAGACAAGUAUCGCCUGCACGUGAGCAGUUUCGAAGGAAGUGCCAAAGAUGCAUUGUACCGCCAUAAUCGUAUGAUGUUCAGUACGAUAGACAACGACAACGAUGGCCGGCCAGAUGCCAGCUGUGCUAAGGAGUGGUUCGGGGGCUGGUGGUACAACAACUGUUGGUUCACCAUACUAAACGGGCCGUACUUUAACCAGUCAAAUGUCAGGCAUAGAGGUAUUUCCUGGAACCACUGGAAGCGCGAGCAACUAGCUAGAACGGAGAUGAAAAUUAGACCAAAUAUUACGUAAUGUAGAAAGAUAGUUUAGUAACUUGUGUCAUCUGGUGCUACGGCUGAAAAUGCAUAAUAAUUACACCUAAAGCAGGGCUCGAACUUAACGACUGCACUGACGGCAAUUGCCAUACUUGUGAUAUAAAUUGCUGUACAUCAGAGGCCUUACUGAGGGCAGUCUUUUGCUGCUAAAUAAAAAUUAUUGCCUUUGGUUGAAGGAAUAAUUCUAUUUUUUUUAAAGUAUCUGUUGUAAAGGUUACUGGUUUAAAACUGCUGUACGCAAGCUCAAAAUUGCCUAUGGAAAAAAAGUUUCAAAAUUGAUGUAAGUUAAUUUCGAGCCCUGUUAAAGAUCUACAAGGUAUAUAUAACACUGUGUACACUGAUCUCUCAGAAAAUGUAUUUAGAAAGCAAGAGUAUGACAAAUAAAGACUCUUGCCAUAUUUGCGCAGUUACUGCUAUCGUUUACAAUGUACUUGUAAAAGCUGAAUCUCAACAUAUAAAUAAAUAUAUAUUCUCUCCACCCCUACCCCUAACAUAACUAUUUUGUGAGCAUCCAUGACAAGUUAUAGUACAAUGAGAAAAAAAUAGCAAUGAUCUUGCAAUCACUAUAUAUAUUAACACAAUAUCAAUGACAAAAUAAACUUGUAUAUUUUUCAUCAGUGGCUAAAACCCGAUUAAAACUGUUUACUUCAGACUAGAUUAACAAGCAUUCUGAGAGUACUGCUAAAGCAAUACAUGUCCCCUACCGAACUCAAAUGUUUUUUGUAUCUCCUAAAUUUAAGGGCCAUACUUCUGUGAAAAGAGGGUAAAUCACCAUAAAAGUUAAACUUGAUCAUUAACAGUACAUGAUAAAGGCAUAUACGACAUUUCAUGUUAAUAUUUUCAGGCAUUGCAAAACAAAAGUCUGGAAAACUAAUUUUUAUAUUUCCUAAGUUCAAGAGUCAUAACUCCAUCGAAAAUUGGUAAAUUUCCAUGAAAGUCAAACUUGAUCUGUAACAGUACAUGAUAAAGCUAUAGACAAAAUUUCAGCUCAGUAUCUCGAAGCUUUGUGAAAAGUUAUUUUGGAAAACAAAUUUUCACAUCUCCUAAGUUCAAGGGCCAUAACUCUGUAAAAAAAAUUGGUAAAUCGCCAUGAAAGUCAAACUUGAUCUGUAACAUUAUAUAUGAUAAAGCUCUACACAUAAUUUCACGUCAAUAUCUUAAAGCUUUAAAAAAAAAAAAAAAAGAUCCGGAAUUAUUUUUUU